GCGUCUGAAAGUUCAAAAAUCAAAACAAACGAAGUGCAUUCAUUAUUUUUUAAGAUAAAAAAAAGAAAUUCACCGAACAACAUAGGAAGGAAUUCAUAUUUUAUAAUAUUUUGUAGUUUGAACUGAGUAACAGACGUAAAUCAAUGAAUUCAACAGAAUGACAUCAGGCACAACCACUCCUUCAACUCUUCGAGCUUGCAAGAGUUAAUCUGUUACUCAUGUUCUAAAAAUAGAUAAAUAGAUAUUUCCAUUUAAUUCUAUUUAUACACUGGAAAUUUAUAUUAAACACUCCCUUUCCAGUGAACACUGACUCUUAGCACUUUAGGUAGUGCAGGAAUAUAUUCAAAAUGGUGAAAACAUUGAGUGAUAUUUCCUUGAACUUUAUUCAAAAUAAUCUACACAAACUGGAUGAUGUUUGUAAAUUACCAACUGUCUACAAAGAAUUAUUACUGGAACAAAUAGCUUGGCACGAUUUGUUAACAGAAAGCUAUGUUCCACACAUGACCAAGCUUUUCAGCAAGUCAUUGACAAAAAUUAAUUUCUACAAAUGUGAACAAAUUAGUGAUAAUCUCUUAAAAAGUAUCGCAGCAUCUGAAUGCAAACUGGAAAGCUUGUCAAUCAUCAAAUGUUUUGGCAUAACAGAUGAUGGGGUACAAGCUAUUACCAGAAAUCAGACAGAACUCAAGUUAUUGAGAUUGAGAGGGAUGAAACAGCUGACAGACAAUGCCCUGAAGUUGGUGUGGUCAGAGAAUCUUAUAGUUGUUGACUUAAAACAAAGCAGUGGAAUCUCAUUCAAAGGGGUGGACACCCUUGCAGGAAGGAACAGGCAGAUCAAGGAGCUGUACCUCUGGGGUGUAGCUGAACAUACCCAUAGGUCGAGGUCGCACGAGGAGAGGAUGCACGCCUAUGUGAUCAGCCUUGCCUACCACCUUGGACCAAGUCUGGAAGUGCUGGACACCAAGCUUAACCAGAUGUGUGAUGAAUGCCUUGUCGCAGUGGCCAGUUACUGUCCGAACAUGCGCAUCCUCAAUCUGCAUGGAAGCUCAAAAAUAUCAGGACAGGCGUUAACAAAGUUCAGUAUAGGCUGCCCCGGCCUGAAGGUUCUGGACCUGUCAUUCUGCACCCACCUGUGCAGCCCGCCUGAUGUUGAGGCCCUAUGGACCCUGCCAACAUCGCUGACCGACCUUUCACUCAUUGGUAUUCUCCUAACCGACACACAGAUCCUGGUGGAGUGUCUCCAGAGACUACGCCGUCUCAAGUGCGUCAAACUGUGCGGAGUGCCAGCCCUGAAUGAUGAAACACUUGCUCAGAUUCUUGAACAUAUCGGGGCAGGCCUGACGUUGUUCGACAUCAGUGGAUCAGUGUCAGCUAGUCUGACGGACAAGGCCCUGGAGGCGGUCACACAACACUGCAGUUCCCUUGAGGCCCUGCAUCUCAGCCUUAUACCAAACAUGACUGGAACAGGCCUACUUCCGCUGCUCAGGGACCCUGUCCGGGCCACCAGGCUGAAGGGUCUGGCUAUCGGCAUGAAAAAGCUGUCAUACGAGGUAUUGUCAGAGGUUGUGGCACAGUGUUCUAACCUGGAGCGUCUGCACUUGUCCGGUGUGACGUGUGUGGACGAUGAAAUACUGACCACUCUUGCUCAAAACUGCCCCGGCCUAAGUCGACUGUGCAUCAAAGGUUGUAGACUGGUGACGGAUGUUGGAGUGUGUGAGUUGGCCCGCCACUGUUCGCUGGUGUCGCUGGUUGUGUCGGGUGUUGGCAGCCUGACUGAUGCCUCCAUAUUCUGUCUGGCUAACUGUUGCCCACAGCUGGAGGAGAUCUACAUGAAUGGCUGUGCCAAUAUCUCACCAGUUGCUGUCAGAUAUCUAAAGGACUGCACUAUACCGCGGUUAUUUGUGGGCCAUGCCACUCCCAAUGCCGCACCAGACCAGCUGAUGGCCAGAAACCUGGACACCGGUCAGUUCUGCAGGGUGGACAAACUCGUCUGAUAAUGGAAGGAUAUUGAUAUAAUUUUAACAAUAUCAGGAUAAUGAUAUCAGGACAUUGAUAUGACAAGGAAACAUAUUUGGGCGUGCAAGCCUUGAGCGCUAUGUCCUUUCUGAUCUUUUGUGGUUGACACUCAAUACAUGUGCCUGAACAGCAAGGACAUGGAUCCUGAUUAACUGUCCUCAGGUCAAAAUUUCUCACCAACCCCUGAUUGGAUAAAUGCAAACAGACCGAUGGCAGUGUGUACAGACCAAUUUCUUGUUCUCCUUGUUAGGGCUAGUUAGGCCAGUUACAUUAAUCAACAGAACUCCAAUUUAGGGUAAUUUAGACCGACUUUAUUAUGUAAGUCUUUUAAGUUCACAUGAUAACAAGAUGCUCAUUCAUUGUGGCCUAUUAUGAUUCAAAUUAAUUGACAUGUGACUUCGAAUGAUGGCGAGCUAUUAUGAUUCAACUUUCUCGACCUGUGACUUCAAAUCAUGGUGAGCUAUUAUGACUGGACUUUGUUGACAUGUAACUUAAAAUCAUGGUGAGCUAUUAUGACUGGACUUUGUUGACAUGUGACUUACAAUCAUGGUAAGCUAUUAUGACUGGCCUUUGUGGACAUGUGAUUUAUAGUCAUGGUGAGCUAUUAUGACUGGCUUUUGUUGACAUGUGACUUACAAUCAUGGUAAGCUAUUAUGACUGGCCUUUGUCAACAUGUGACUUACAAUCAUAGUGACUGGCCUUUGUCAACAUUUGACUUACUAUCAUGGUGAGCUGUUAUGACUGGCCUUUGUCAACAUGUGACUUAUAAUCAUGGUGAGCUAUUAUGACUGGCCUUUGUCAACAUGUGACUUAAAAUCAUGGUAAGCUAUUAUAUCUGGCCUUUGUCAACAUGUGACUUAAAAUAAUGGUGAGCUAUUAUGACUGGCCUUUGUCAACAUGUGACUUACAAUCAUGGUGAGCUAUUAUGACUGGCCUUUGUCAACAUGUGACUUAUAAUCAUGGUGAGCUAUUAUGACUGGCCUUUGUCGACAUGUGACUUAUAAUCAUGGUGAGCUAUUAUGACUGGCCUUUGUCGACAUCUGACUUAUAAUCAUGGUGAGCUAUUAUGACUUGCCUUUGUUGACAUGUGACUUAUAAUCAUGGUGAGCUAUUAUGACUGGCCUUUGUCAACAUGUGACUUAUAAUCAUGGUGAGCUAUUAUGACUGGCCUUUGUCAACAUGUGACUUAAAAUCAUGGUAAGCUAUUAUAUCUGGCCUUUGUCAACAUGUGACUUAAAAUCAUGGUGAGCUAUUAUGACUUGCCUUUGUCAACAUGUGACUUACAAUCAUGGUGAGCUAUUAUGACUGGCCUUUGUCAACAUGUGACUUAUAAUCAUGGUGAGCUAUUAUGACUGGCCUUUGUCGACAUGUGACUUAUAAUCAUGGUGAGCUAUUAUGACUGGCCUUUGUCGACAUGUGACUUAUAAUCAUGGUGAGCUAUUAUGACUGGCCUUUGUCGACAUGUGACUUAUAAUCAUGGUGAGCUAUUAUGACUUGCCUUUGUUGACAUGUGACUUAUAAUCAUGGUGAGCUAUUAUGACUGGCCUUUGUUGACAUGUGACUUACAAUCAUAGUGAGCUAUUAUGACUGCCCUUUGUCCACGUGUGACUUACAAUCAUGGUGAGCUAUUAUGACUGGCCUUUGUCGACAUGUGACUUACAAUCAUAGCGAGCUAUUAUGAUUGGCCUUUGUUGACAUGUGACUUAAAAUAAUGGUGAGCUGUUAUGACUGGCCUUUGUCAACAUGUGAUUUAAAAUCAUGGUGAGCUGUUAUGAAUGGCUUUGUUGACAUGUGACUUAAAAUAAUGGUGAGCUAUUAUGAUUGGCCUUUGUUGACAUGUGACUUAAAAUAAUGGUGAGCUGUUAUGACUGGCCUUUGUCAACAUGUGACUU